GAUUUCCAUUCAAAUCAGCCUAUUGAAAACGUAUACGAUCACGCGGCCGAUGGUUCAACUUUUUUCAAGCUUCAAUUCCAAAAAUUUGUCCUCAUUUCAACAGAUGACACAGAUCUUAAUCUUUUCACCAUCUCCAAUACUUUCCCCUUUCAAUGGGAGGGAGCAGAGAUGGAGGAAAAAGAUAAUUUGUUGUUCAAGACAACAUGUGUGGGAUAAAUCAUUGCUUCAAAGCAAUAGUGGGUUUAGAAAAAUUAGAGCUUCCAAUUCAACAGCAGGAAGUUAUGGCGGAUCUGCUGAGAUAUCUAAAGGUCAACCGCUGGCAUGGAUUUCCACAUGGCCAAACAAACAGACUCAGCCUUGUCAUCAAUACCCACCUCCCAAAAUGAAGGGUACGAGUCGUUUCUUCACGAUCGGCCUUGUUGCCGCUUGGUAUUCCUCCAACAUUGGGGUUCUCUUGCUCAACAAGUAUUUGCUCUCCAACUAUGGUUUCAAGUACCCGAUCUUCCUCACCAUGUGCCACAUGACCGCCUGUUCUUUGCUCAGCUACAUUGCAAUUGCUUGGUUGAAGCUCGUUCCUCUCCAGACUAUUCGAUCUCGCGUUCAAUUCUUUAAGAUCUCUGCACUCAGCUUCAUCUUCUGCAUCUCUGUUGUCUUUGGUAACAUUUCGCUUCGUUAUCUUCCCGUCUCUUUCAACCAAGCUAUUGGAGCCACCACCCCCUUUUUCACCGCUGUUUUUGCUUACCUGAUGACCUUGAAGCGGGAGGCUUGGCUCACUUAUGUCACGCUCAUUCCUGUCGUCACUGGGGUUAUCAUUGCCAGCGGGGGUGAACCAAGCUUCCAUCUAUUUGGGUUUCUGAUAUGUGUUGCAGCUACCGCUGCAAGAGCUCUCAAAUCUGUACUUCAAGGAAUUUUGCUUUCUGCAGAUGGAGAGAAGUUGAAUUCCAUGAAUCUUCUUUUGUAUAUGGCUCCUAUGGCUGUUGUUUUCUUGCUUCCUGCAACACUUAUCAUGGAACAUAAUGUGGUUGGUAUCACACUAGCGCUUGCUAGAGAUGAUAUCAAGAUCAUCUGGUACCUUCUUUUCAAUUCGUCGCUAGCAUAUUUUGUAAACCUGACCAAUUUUCUGGUCACGAAACACACCAGUGCGCUGACCCUUCAGGUACUAGGAAAUGCAAAAGGAGCCGUAGCUGUCGUUGUUUCCAUUUUAAUCUUUAGAAACCCUGUCUCUGUUACCGGAAUGUUCGGUUAUACACUCACAGUUAUGGGAGUCAUUCUCUACAGCGAAGCAAAGAAACGAGCAAAUAAAAGUUGACCAAACCAAAACUCAAAGUGAGUUGCCAUUGUUUGUUUUGUUUCCGAAUCAAAUGGGAAAUCUACUUGCAGCAAAGGGCACCAAUGCUUAUUAGUGCCAUAAAAUUUUUUGCCCUUUGUUUUUAUGUUUGCCUUUUUUUUACUCAGAAGCAUAGAAAAAAAAGGCUUCUUCUAUAUUGUAUUAGCAACAAAGGGGGGAAUAGUUUAGGAAUAGAAAGUUCAAAAUAAGUGAGACAACGUAAGUCUGUAACUCAGGUUGAGCUAUGGAGGAAUAUUAUCAUUCUUUCAGGAUCAGGAGAAGGCAUUGUAUAAUUGGAUGGCUACACAAUCAUUUUUCUAUUAACAUUUGUUAUAUUUGUUAAUUAAUGAAAAAAAAAAAAAAAAAAAAAA